AUGCCUGCUUGCCAACGUGUUCGUCGUUCUGCACGACUUAGAGCCAACGCUCGAGUGCACUCAAGGAGAAUGGAUCCUCAAGAAUCCACCUCCAAAGGACAACCCAAUGCCCCUCCAGAAGCCCCUGGACCCAGGAUGUCAAUUCAAUGGCAAAGCGAAAAUGCCCUCACUGAUGUCUUGGUGAACUACCUAACCACUCACCCCUCUGAUUGUAGGAUCUUGUUCUAUUCUGAUGGGAAGAAAAAGAUGUCUCCCAUUGAUGAUGGCCCCUCUGGCAGGGACAAAGGCGAUAUCCAUGGUGUCAUUGCCCACCUCAUUUUUGCCAAUCACAUCAAUCGCCAAUCGCAUCUCAGGAAGAAGAACAAGAGCCAAUUUACUGCCACAGGUGCUGGCAUUGUGCCUCUUGAUGGGGCAUCUGCACAAAAUCUACUAGAAAAAGUUCAUGCGGACCUUCCAUGGUACUCGGAUCUGGAUGCGAUCUGGCACAGCAAUCCCUCCAUGGCGGUGAAGACGCACUCGUCUAAGCCGGGUGUUGAUCAUGCAGGUGCCCUGUAUUCACUUAUCCAACCGCGUGGUGGGGCUGGUCCCUCCAUGCACUUUGGUGCCGCUGCUGGGGCUGGUUCCUCCAUGUCCUUUGGCGCCCCUGCUCAGUCAUCACUCCCCCCCUCCCCUGCAUACCCCCCCAGCACUCAGCCCUCCCCCAAUGCAUAUCCACUGCCCAGCACACACUUGCCCCCCAGCGCUUAUCCGCCCCCCAAUGCACAUCUGCCCCCCACCGCAUAUCCUCCCAACGCAUACCCCCUCCCAAAUCCAUAUCCUCCCAACGCAUACUCCCCCUACACUGGCAAUUCCCUGAUUGAUCCGCAGCUUCUCCAACCUCCUGCUCCCCCCGGUACCCCUCCUGUUCACCUUCCCGGCCUUAAUAAUUCCCCUGACAUCACUAUUCACGAUGAUUUUGGACCCACCGAUGAUAACGACUUGCAUCUGGAGAGUGCUGGCCCAUUUUCUGCCCCCCUCGACAGUGACGACAUGAUGGAUGAUGAUGCGGGCACCCCUGAGAGCCCCCCCCCCCAAGCCACAGGGAAGAAAUGCCAGCUCCUGACAUCCCCAUCUCCUCCUCCUGACCCCCCCCUACCCCGCAGACCUCCCUGCCAAACAGUGCGGGGGGCUGUCACAAAUCCCAAAUACGAACCAUUUUUCAUUUCUCGGUUUUCCUUUGGCUACUUCCAGUACCCAAGCCACUCAUGUGACUCCUCGUCAUAUAUCACCUGUUGCUUCUCCGAUUGGCUCCCCUACUCCACGGGCUAG